GGCCCUGGUAUAUUUGCUUUGCGCGUGAUAGGUGAGCACACCACGGAUCAGUCCGACGCUCCUCGAACUGGCAUCGACAAGCGCUUUGAGCUCGAGGUCGACAACAUGUUGCUUGGCGGCGCAUCUCCCAGUCGUUGUCUCGUGCUGCUCUCCGAGCGAUACGAAGACGACAUGGAUCUGCGAGACUGUUUACCCGACUUGGUGCAGCUAAAAAACCGCAAGGGCACUUUGCUAUCGAACGGGCUGUUCGACGUAUCGACAAUGGCGGAGCUGAUGGAAUGGGUAGCUUCGAAGGAAUGCAACACGCGUGAGCAGUUUCAUCGAUACGACGAAGGCAACGAU